AUGCCGCCGCCCCCUUUGCCACCUCGACCGUCAAUAGAACCUAUGAAGCCGGCCCUGCAAUCGAAACCGACCACGGCCAUCUCGUCUAUGAACAUUCAGACGUUGUCCUUUCCAGACGGCACACGGGGCACCUUCACCAGCGGGGAAGACACUACAGCUGCGCCGGAGCCUGUGAUAAUUCCAGGGGAUCUUGCGUCUACACGAGGUACCAGUGCAGUCGCAAAUGAUUUGGACGAAGGCUUAAGUGUUAUGAGUUUCGUCCCUACAGUGCGGCCGCCUGGGGACUUGGAAAGCUUGAUGGUGGGGGACAACAGCAACAGGACCGCAGCUUGGCACUCGCUGCGGUCACAGGCGCCAACGGUGCCACCGUUCGAGAAAAUGAGGACCAAAGAGGGCUCCCUGUUGACGGAUUUCCCAAAGGAAUUUGACGAUAUACCAGAUGAAUCCGAGAAGGAUUGGCACGACUGGGACCGUCUCGAAGUGUGGAAGUCCAAACUAAAACACUACAUGAUCCUAUCCUCGGCCGGGAAGCCCAUAUACAGCAGACACGGCGACCUGGCGCUUAUCAACUCAUACAUGGGCGUUGUACAGACCAUCAUAUCUUUCUACGAAGGGGCUAAGAAUCCCCUGCUGGGGUUCACUGCUGGGACCACACGCUUUGUGAUUGCAACCGAAGGGCCGCUCUACUUGAUCGCCAUCAGCAAGCUGGGAGAAAGCGAUUCGCAACUCCGGGCCCAGCUGGACGCUCUGUAUAUGCAGAUACUUUCCACCCUCACACUUCCAACACUAACUCACAUUUUUGCGAAUCGCCCAUCGUCAGAUCUCCGCAAGCCUCUCGAGGGAACGGAGUCAUUGCUUUCAUCGUUGGCGGAUAGCUUCACUAAAGGCUCGCCAUCUGCGCUUCUAGGGGCGCUGGAGUGUUUGAAGAUUAGGAAGUCACACAGACAUUCCAUCAACAACGCGUUCCUCAAGACGAGAGCCGACAAACUACUCUAUGGGCUGAUCGUAGCAGGCGGGAAGCUCGUGAGCGUUAUCAGGCCGCGGAGGCAUUCACUUCAUCCGAGCGAUUUACAACUAAUUUUCAACAUGUUGUUCGAAUCGGGCGGGAUCAAAGCAACAGGUGGAGAGAACUGGAUUCCCAUCUGCCUGCCCGCAUUCAACAACCGCGGUUAUCUCUACAUGUACGUCAGUUUUCUCGACAGCCACUCAGAAAGCCCGUCGACAUCUCCCAAAGACAAAUCGUCGUCUCAUGAUGAUGACACCGCCGUCAUCCUCAUCAGUCCGGACAAGGAGAGCUUCUUCGCCCUUCAGAAGAUGAAAGACGACGUUGUCGUCGAGCUGAAGAAUAAGGGCAGUCUCGACAUCAUCAGAACCGCAACUACCCAGGGGCGCCCCAAGGUCGACGACGUUGCGCCCGGCUUGCAAACCAGUCACUUCCUUUUUAAAUCCAAAGCGAACGUACAGUUCUGCAUGUCGUCCCUUGAACCCCUCUUCAGCGACUUGGUUUCACACCGGCGCCUCAUGUCACUCUACCACAGCCUCCACGCUACCGUUCACGCGCGGCAUUCGCAUCUGAAGAUCUUACACUGCGUUGGCGAUGAUGCAACGUCACUUGCUUGGAUCACGCCCAUCUUUGAGUUCUACUGUGUCGCCGGUCCCAACACCUCGAGACAGGUCAUGACGCAAGGGGCGAACGAGAUUAUUCAGUGGGCCAAAAGAGAGGAAGAGCGAUUGUUCAUUAUUGGCGGAGGCGUGUUUUGA